CAACCAUGCUGCUUUUGUUACAUCAUCGUCGCUGUCUUUCCGCAUCGUGGCCUGUACUUGAGUUUGUCAACGCCCAAGACUACCUGGCCAACGUCCUCCCGAUAUAUAGCUUCCCCCGGCCUGGCAUUGCCCUCUACUGCUGCUUCUUCCUUUCGUUUUCAUCUCAAUUAUCCCGCCUGUCACCUAUAUAUUUCUUUAACCAAUUCCCCUUUUGAAUUCCCGCCGCGCUUCCCCCGGCGCUUGCCUCCUCUUCCGAACCCUUGUUUAUUCGCCCCUCUCCCCGAAACCGAGUUCCGCCCUUCUCCCCCUUUGGCAGCCAUGGCGCAAAUCCGUGGCACGGCGGGAUACAAUCUAGGAAACCAGAACCCAUUUGGCGGUCCUGGAAGAGCAGAUGCCACCAGCGAUCCCAGCCCGCUUGAUGCGAUUCGAGAGCAGACAAGCAAGAUCGAGGACUGGCUAGAUACUCUCUCCGACCCCAUCAGGCCCUAUUUACCCGCCGUCGGCCGUUUUUUGAUUGUCGUUACUUUCCUUGAGGAUACUCUUCGUAUCUUCACUCAAUGGAGCGACCAGCUCGACUAUUUGAAAGAUUUUAGAGGCAUUCCAUGGGGCAUAACACAUCUCUUCCUCCUCAUAAACGUCAUCGCAAUGGUUUCUUGUUCGAUUCUGGUCAUCGCGCGGAAACAUAGUGAAUAUGCCGUCGCGGGUCUUCUUGGGGUCGUCGUCACUCAGGCGCUUGGAUACGGCCUCAUCUUUGACCUGACCUUUUUCCUUCGCAACCUCAGCGUCAUCGGAGGACUUCUCAUGGUUCUUUCAGAUUCCUGGGUACGUAAGCGGUUUGUCCCCGCUGGUCUCCCGCAACUCGACGAGAAGGAUCGGAAGAUGUACAUCCAAUUCGCCGGGCGUGUAUUGCUGAUCUUCCUGUUUAUUGGGUUCGUAUUUGCUGGCAAGUGGACCUUCUGGAGGAUUCUUGUUAGCCUGUUUGGAUUGGUUGCGUGUGUGAUGGUUGUUGUUGGAUUCAAGGCGAAGUGGAGCGCUAUCAUCUUGGUGGUGAUAUUGAGUGUCUUCAACAUACUCGUGAAUAACUUCUGGACGCUACAUUCCAAGCACCCACACAAGGACUUCGCCAAAUAUGACUUUUUCCAAAUCCUCUCCAUUGUUGGCGGCCUCCUCCUCCUUGUCAACAUGGGACCCGGCCAAUUCAGCGUGGACGAGAAGAAGAAAGUGUAUUAAAUCAUCUCUUGCCCUCUCCUUGCCUCCCGUUUUUCUUCUCAAUAAGCACGGCGUGCGGAAGAAGAUCAACAGAUAAAAUCGAGAAAAAAUUGAUUCCUCAAAAAAUCUUAACCCAAGCACGCAAAAUGUAUCGCUGCUACAUAGCGUCAAUCCAUCACGGCAUUGUCCCAUCCAAUCUACCCGGCAAUAUCUCCCUCCUUCCGGUCCCAACGUACUAUCAUCUCUUGCCUGAUUUCCCUCUCUGUGUCUCCAAUACCUACCAAUAUUUCGGAUAAAAAUCGGUUCCUGUUUUCCAAUUUCCUCUACCGCCUAACUUGUUCUUUUUAACCUUCCACUAUUUCGAAAAUCUAUUGCUUUUCUCAUAGCAUCGCUUACUUCAAAAUCUUUAUGUUGUCUGAUGGUUGUCAUUUUUUGUGUUGCUAGUUGCUUUGUUUGUUGUUUCUUCAGGGGUGUUUUUGCUUAAUCUUACUAUUUUUAUUUUUACUCUGAUUACUUUCGUUUUUUCUUACCUCUUUACUCUAUUGACCUAGUCAUGGUUUUUUUUUUUUGAGGCCUUUUAUUCUUCAUUUUCGUUUCCGUUAUUUUUUUUCUACAUCCACACACAAACUUCAACCAUGCAUGUAUGUAUGUUAUCUAUGUGCAAUCUGAUCUGUGUAAGGCCCUGUUAUUGUCUGGGGGAAAUUAUUAUUUUUGAAUGAUUCUUUCUAUAGUUUUUCUUUUUCCUUUCCUUUGGAAUGAAGCGGUCCUCCCCGCAACAAUUAUUUUCAUCUAUACGAAAAGGAAGAGGCUUUGAUUCUAUUGAUUAUUUAGUUAACUACCUUUUUCUGUUGGCUUCUCACUCUCUCUCUCUUUUUUUUUUUUUUUUUUUUUUUUUUUUUUUUUUUUUUUAAUCCCCCUUAAAAGGCCAGUUAGUUCAGGUCAUUUGUAACUAGGAUACAUUCAUUCAUAUUAAAUAGAUUGUGUAAUUUAUUUAAUUUCUAUGCAACGUAUCCGCAAAAUCAAGCGCGAUAGUUUU